AUGCUACCAAUACUUAAAAAACCAUCGAUUCAAAGUACUAUUUUUCUUCGAUGCUUAUAUUCUACGAAUUCUCAUAUUAUCAGAAAUGGAUCUUUUAGACGCAUUAGGCAUCCAACCUAUAAUGACCAAAACUUAAAUUCUUAUAACAAUGCUUAUCAAAAUAAUUCUUUUAAUCAUUCAACUAAGGAUAACGGAAACAAUAAUAACUCAUUCAAUUAUGGAAAUAGCCAGUCAGCAACAAUCAUUCAACCAUACCACCCCGUUGUACAAACAUUACUCAAAGAACCAACCAUUGUGAUUGAAAGACAAAUUGAAAUGAUGAAUAUAUUCUUAGGCUAUGAGCAAGCUAAUAAGUAUGUAAUAAUGAAUACAAUGGGUAAUAAAAUUGGUUAUAUAAUGGAAAGAGAUUUUUCCAUUAGCAAGAUGAUAAUGAGACAAUUCUCUAAAUUACACAGACCUUUUACGGUAGAUAUAUUUGAUAAUUGGGGAAAUGUAGUUCUAACCAUUAGAAGACCAUUUUCUUGGAUUAACUCUCAUAUCAAAGCUUUAUUACCACCAUUAACAGUUGAACGUAAUGGACAACCAGUCAAUAUGCAUGAUAAUAACGGUACUCUUAUAGGGGAAUCUAUUCAAAGUUGGCAUUUAUGGAGACGCCGUUAUGAUUUAUUUACUAACAGCUUUAAAGAAGAAGCAACUGCUGAUAAUAACAAUUAUAACAAUGCUAGUUUUGAUCAAUUUGGGGCCAUAGAUGCUCCAUUUUUAUCUUUUGAAUUCCCAGUACUAGACCAAUCUAAUAAAGUGAUUGCUGGUGUUGACAGAAACUGGGUAGGUUUAGGCCGAGAGUUUUUCACUGAUACAGGUGUGUAUAUUAUCAGAUUCAAUUCCCAACAGAGUUUUGAAGGUGUAUAUUCUAAAGAACAAUUGAGUAAUCAUGUUCUUAACUUAGAUCAAAGGGCAGUAUUAUUAGCCAAUGCUAUUUCAAUUGAUUUCGAUUAUUUUUCAAGACACUCUCGUACUACUGGGGGAGGGCUAUUUACUUUUGGCAGUUAUGAUGAGUGA